AACGCACUCACGUCCUUCGCCCUAAUUCCAGCCUCAGCGUCCCACAGACCCACACCCACACUCCAACUCCGACAGAACAACACCGACGAGGCCACCCGGCCACGACCCACCACGACCCACCGGCCACCACUGUGAGAGACAGAACGCCCGAAGCCCUCAACGCAGUCACCUCCUUCGCGCCUUCAGCAGCGUCGCGACCUCAGCAGCUUCGCGACCUCAGCAGCUUCGCGGCCUCAGCAGCGUCGCGGCCUCAGCCUCCGUCGCGCCCUCAGCCACUUCGCCGUCAGCGUCUGCCUCAUUUCCAGAGAACGAUAAUCAGCAGCCACAACAUGGCUCUUCGAAUUCCCUGUAACUGCUGCAUUCCAUUCUCAAACCACCAAUCUUCCGCUUCUAACGCUUUCUACACCGCUGCUUUCACAAACCGCCGCAAGUCCACCUCGGCGGCGAGGGCGGAGCUCCGGACGCAGGUGGAUGUGACCGCCCCAACUGCUUACUCGUCACCGUCCGGUGAGGUUCCUACUCACAAGGUCACCGUCCAUGAUACACAAAGAGGAAUUGUUCACGAGUUCGUGGUUCCUGAGGAUCAGUAUAUAUUACACACUGCUGAAUCUCAGAACAUUACCCUUCCGUUUGCCUGCAGGCAUGGUUGUUGUACUAGCUGUGCUGUACGUAUAAAGAACGGACAGAUUAGACAGCCAGAGGCACUUGGGAUAUCUGCUGAAUUGAAAGAAAAGGCAUGCUUGACUUCUUUAUUCUAAUCUAUUUUUCAUUACACGGAUGAACCAGUAAUUUUGACUUAAUCUCUUGUAGUUGUGAUUUUAUUAUUAGAUUCUUUUAUGCAAUUCUCUCAUGAACUACUGGUUGAUGCCAAAAGAAGAGAACAGGUCUUCCGCAAUAAAUCAUUUUCUUGUAGUCAUAAUAUU